CUGGUGAGCGCGGUUUAUACGCGGAGGUCUUUGGUAAAGGAAACUCGUCCGAUACGGUCGCCGCGAACUGGCUCUCCCGCUACCAACGCGAUCAGUCGACUGCUAUGCGUGAUAUGGUCAACUUGAUGCUUAGGUGCACCGGAACCGACUUGGAGAUCGACACAUCCGAAGUCGAAGAUGUUGACAAUGCACCAAUGCGCAUUGAUGAUUUGCAGACUCAAUAUCACCAACUUGGAAUUUCGGAGUAUCCUCUGAUAUCUAAAGCCAAGAAGUUCAGGGCAUUCCAGCCGGUGUUGGAAGAGUUUUUCGCCGCUCUGGUCCAGACAUUGCACCAUUCGUCGGUUCUAUACAGCGAUGAGAACCUAUUCGAGAACAUUCAAAUUUGGAUUUCUGCUCUGUCCACGUCCUCAUGCCGGCCCUUCAGACACACAUCGACCGUUAUUUCCCUUGCAAUCAUGAACACCUUGUGCGAUGUUGCCCGCGAGACUAUGACUAGCGUCUCGACUUCGCGCAAACAGGUCGAGAGUGAAAAGAAGAAGAAGUCAGUGAACCAAGGUCGGGUUGACGCCAUCCAGACGUCCGUCGAAGAGGGUGAGAAGAAACUCGAGAUGGUUGACGAGUUCCUCAAGGACGGCGUUAACAUUGUCUUCGUCCAUCGUUACCGGGAUAUCGACCCGCGCAUCCGUUGCGAAUGCAUGUCAGCCUUGGGACAGUGGAUACGCAACUACAGAGAAUAUUUCUUUGAGGGCCAAUUCCUGCGAUACUUGGGCUGGAUUCUAUCUGACCCAGUUGCGCAGACGCGUGCCGUGGUCGUGGAGCAGUUGCGGACUCUUUACGAAAAUAAAGACAAUAUUGCUGGUCUGCGUUCGUUUACGGAACGCUUCCGCCAGCGCAUGGUGGAGAUGGCGGCACAGGAUGCGGAUGUCGUGGUGCGCGCAUCAGCAGUGGAACUGCUUGAUCUCAUUCGGGACGCCGGUCUGAUUGAGCCUGGUGAUGUUGAUGUCGUGGGUAGACUUGUAUUUGACGCAGAACCGCGAGUUCGGAAGGCAGCUGGUCGUUUCUUCGUCGCGAAUGUCCAUGAUGUGUUCGAUUCCACCACCGAAGAACUUGGCGACGAAAUUAAUGAGUUGUUUGGUGAUGAAGAUGAAGAUGAUUUUGCAUCCCCGAAACGCUCAUGGGUCAAGUUCAAGUGCUUGGUCGAUAUGCUUCAAAGCUACGAUAGCCAGGAGAACGACCAGAAGCCGGAUCGGCUUGUAGUAACAUCACGAGACGCAUUAUCAGGUACCUCGAUAGAUUCGCGCUCUGUGCUCGCAACCGAAGCCAUCUAUCCUCACCUGGAAGAGCUGGCUCAGUGGCAGUCUUUGGCCGGUUACCUUCUCUACGACCACUCGCAGAUCGCAGAGGCAACGGACGAUGACGCUGCUGGCACAGUACGAAGCCUGUACAAGAUGGAGGAAGGGCAGGAGGUGAUCCUGCUGGAGGUUCUAUGCUGCGUGGUCAAACUCCGGGUCGUUGACGUCUCCAAGUCCGAUAUCGACAAGAGAGGACGGAAGGUCAAGGCGCUGACUGAGAAGAUACCCGAGUUGCAAGAGGAGAUUGCACACAACCUUGCGCAGAUCAUUCCGCAGCUUCUGAACAAAUUCGGUUCAGUGCCAGAGGCUGCUUCAGCUGUUUUGCGACUAGAGCACCUCGUUGAUCUCGACAAGAUCCAGGACCUGCAAAAGGACGCUACUGCCUACACCGCUUUACUGAAUGAUAUCAACAAGCAGUUCCUCACACAUUCAGACCAAGAUGUCCUGACCGAAGCCAGCGUUGCGUUCUUGCAUGCGAAAAGCUCCGAUGACAUGAAGGAAGCGCUGGAGAGCAAGGUCCAGGAGCUGUGGGACGAUAUUAUUGAUGCACUUAGUACCCUAUCCCAGAACGAAGAAGUUCAAGAUGAAAGUUCUCUUCCAUCUGGUACUCUCACUGAACUCAUCAACACAGUCACCAGAGUCUCGAAUCUUGCCAGCGUAACUGAUUGCACGCAAAUACUGGAAACAGCACCAUCUUCUCGUUCUAAGGGCAAGAAGAAAUCUACCCUGGAGGCACCUUUCAACACCCUCAUCCACCUUGCUAAGCGUGGUCUCCGCGGCCAAGAGGAAGACGAGGACGCUGCAAAGGCUGAGACUGAGUUGGUAAUCAACAGCAUCCGCACCCUACUGUUCUUCUUCAUGUGGAAGGUGCAGUCAUUAGCAACCGCCUUGAACGCCGGGAAAGUAUCAUUUACAACAGCCUACUUCGAAGCCCUGGCAAAGAGCCGCGAAGUAUUCGCCGAAACCCUCGUCUCCAUCAUGCAGAAGCGCACGAGCCUAGACGACAUCCGCUUCACAGCAACCACAAGCCUCCUCGACCUCCAAACCCUCUUCGGCACCCUCCGCCAUGCCGGCCAAACCGCCGAAAACGACGAAGACACCCUCACCCAAACCCAAGGCCUCGUCCACGAAAUCAACACCGACACCCAAAAACUCAUCGCCAAGAUCCACGGGAUAGCAGAACGCACCUACGCCAAGAAAAUCCGCAAACCCCUCGAACCCGCCGAAGACGACCUGCCGACCUCAGACGAAGACGUCGAGAAGGAGCCUUCCGACGACGAGGAGAACGAGUCCAACGCUGAUGAAGAUGAAGAAUCGGUGGACAGUGAGCGUCUGCGGUCGACUAUCCUUGCUGAACAGCGUCUGUGCGAGUUGACCGGCAAGAUCGUCCUGGCGAUUAUUGGCCGCGUUAUUGAUGCGUCGGGGUCGCAGCAGGGACAGUUGAAGAAGAAAUUGGUGCAGCAUAAGUCCCGGCUGGGCCCUAAUUACCGUGAAGUCCUGUCGUUCCUUGGUGAGCGUAAGCCAAGGGGUGGUGCUGGGUCUCGGAAUUCGAAGAGCAAGAAGACUGCCGGAACCAAGAACGGGAACGCGGGUUCGAACGAGCAGAAAUCCGCUGAACGGAUAGAAGAUGACGAGGAAGAUGAGGAAGACGGUGCUGCUGGACGUAAUGAGAUGGAGGAGGACGAGGAGGAAGAUCUGCGGGCAAAAGAGCUCGUUGAAGAUGAAAAUGCAGACCAAGAAAACGGUGACGAGGAUGACAACAAUACCGCUGCUCCUGAUCCAGAUGAGGAUGAGGUUAUGGGUGAUUGAUUGGAGUUGGAGUAAGACAGAACACUUGAUGCCUUUCUUUUCCCCUUUCUCGUUUAAGGGCGGUCUUUCUUUUCGAUCAAAACAUUCUCCCCAACUGGACUAUCAG